AUGAAGAGAAAGAAAAGUGAGGUUCAUGAAAAUUACAGUGACAAGGAGAAUGUUGGAUCAAAAAAAGCAACACGUAGGAUUGGUCGGCAACAUCUGAAUGCAGCAGGGGAAUGUAGAAAUGUUUCAGCUGGGGAAAAUGAUGGGAUUUUGCCCGAACAGGCUGCUAAAGUAUCCAGCCAAAUACUCCCCAGAAGGGUGACUUGUUCCCCUGUAACAAAAGGAGAUGCUGCAGCAGGGAUUGGGAGUCAACAACUUGAUUCCCAUAAGAAGAUUAAGCUACAGCUUUUUCCAAUAAAUAAAAGUACCCGACAGAGAUUGGAGAAGGAUGGCUGCAAUCCAUUCCAGGAACUUACUUUAAGUACUCACAAGAAGAUAUCAUCAGUGAUUAAGCACCUUAAUACAAAGUGGAAUUCUUCGAGCGUGGGGUUGGCGGAGCUCUUUCUAUUCCCCUAUAAUAUUAAUACAGAAAACUUGGCAUCAGAGAAGCGAUGGAGCUCAAAAGAUACCAACGUUUCUGCAGGACAAGUGUAUGCAGCAAUAGAAAGUCCUGCCAUUUUCCGCUUAAGGUAUGGCUGGUUUUCUGAUGUUAAGCUCAAGGCCUCUGAGGUACCUGAUAUCUCCCCUCCCUCUGGCACUCAUUCACAAUCAAGGG